AUGGCAAUGUAUCAAUAUGGCUUUGAAGAAGAUAGAUUUCAACAAGCCGUCAGCCAGUACUUUAAAUGUGUUAUCUGUAGAAACGUUCUUAGAGAUCCAGUGACGUGUCGUGACCAUCAACAUUUAUUCUGUCGAGCUUGUAUCACCACACAUUUGGCGAACUUCGAGAGAUGUCCAUCUUGUCAUCAAGAACUCAAUGUCGAAACGCUGCGCGAGGCCCCGAGAGUCGUUACGAACGUCCUGUCUGAGCUCAAGAUUCGCUGCGACUUCUACAAGCGAGGUUGUCCAAAGUUCGUAGAGUUAGGAGACCUGGAGAAGCAUUGCAAAGAAUGCGAGUUUGGUCCAGCAAUGUGUUCGAACCAAGGCUGUUAUCUUGAUGUGAACAGACGAGAUUUAAUGUACCAUGAGCGGGCAGUAUGUGAACGACGGAGAGUAGAAUGUCAUAACUGUGUUGAGUUGAGACAAGAGAUGGGUACAAUGAAGCAAACGUUGACAGGGAUGAACGAGAAACUAGACAUGGCAGCAGGCAAUGAAGAAAUGAAAUGUGAUUUAACAGAAAUGGCAAAACAACUGGAGAGAAUAUCGAUGCAGUUACAGCAUGGUGGUGGAAUGAACACAAAGUCAAAAGUGAUUGUUGCUGGAGGAUUGCAUGAUGAGGAGGAAGUGCUAAAUUCCGUAGAAAUGUUCGAUCUAUCCAAACGAGCAUGGACUCUACUACAACCAAUGAACGAAGGCCGUGCUGGUGCAUCAGCAGUUGUUUAUAACAAUCAAAUGAUAGUUUCUGGUGGUUGUGACAUUGAAGCAAAUAUAACAAAUUCUAUAGAAGCACUUGCGAAUGUUGACGAAGUUAGUCGGUUGUCAAUGUGGGAAAAUAUUCCUGCUAAACUGCCCUGUAAGUUGGGAGAACACCAAACUGUUGUUUAUAAUGAUAAUUUGAUUGUUGUUGGAGGUAAAAGUGAUGAUAGUGAUGAUAUUCUCCACUUUGACAAUAUCUCUGAAGUUUCUCUUGUCCCUCCUUACACCAGUAAAUUGUUGGCUUCAAUGCCACAGAAGAUAGCUGAUCAUGGAAUGGAAUGUUUUGAUGAUAAACUUGUAAUUGUAGGUGGAGGAAAUCCCUCCACUGAAGAUGAUAAUAAAGUUGUAAUGUAUGAUGUUAGUAAGAAUGAAUGUAAAGAGUUUGCCCCCUUGCCCUAUCCUGUGGGCUUAAUGGCCACAGUGAGAUGGCAUGAUAAUGUAAUUGUACUUGGUGGGGCGCAUCAUGAUGAUGAAGCAUUAAACAAAGUUUCAAUUUAUAAUGUCAAGACCCAGAAGUGUCACAUGCUUCCUCCCAUGCUGUAUAAGAGGAAGGGAUGUACGGCAGUUCUUGUUGAUAAUAUGAUAAUUGUCAUGGGUGGGCUCGAUGAGAACGAUCAAUGCCUGAAAUCUGUUGAAAGUUUCAAUUUCAGCCGUUAUACGUGGGAGGAACUUCCAUCGAUGCAUGAAGCGAGAGCACACGCCAUAUCUAUUGCAUGUUGA